AUGGCUGUUAAGACGGAUAUGAGCAAGGCAUACGAUAGACUCGAGUGGAGCUUCAUUGAGCUAGUUCUUAAAGAUUGGGUUUUCGAUCAGAAGUGGGUCGGCUUGAUUAUGCAGUGUGUGACUACAGUCUCUUUCUCUUUUCUGAUCAAUGACACGGCCAAAGGGAGAGUCAUUCCAACACGAGGUUUGCGGCAAGGAGACCCGCUGUCUCCUUACUUGUUCAUCCUUUGCAGUGAAGUCCUUUCCGGGUUAUGCUUGCAAGCUCAAAGCGAGGGAUCGUUACAAGGAAUCCGAGUUGCAACAGAUUGCCCUCGAGUCAAUCAUCUCCUUUUUGCAGAUGACACGAUGUUUUUCUGCCGGACAAACCAACAGAGCAUCAACAAGCUGAAUGAGAUACUGAAGCUAUACGAGCAAGCAUCAGGACAGAUGAUAAACAAGCAGAAAUCAGCAAUUACAUUCUCCGGAAAGCGCCACAGACCUGAAAGACAGAGUAAAAAAGGAGCUGGAUAUACAAAAGGAGGGGGGUGGGGAAGUAUCUUGGACUACCCGAGCAUUUUGGGAGACGGAAAAAAGAUCUUUUCACCUCAACAGUGGACAGAAUCCGGCAAAAAGCUAAGGGGUGGUCAACGCGAUUCCUAUCUCUAUCUUCAGCGGGCAAAAUGGUUAUGCUUAAUCCGCCUUAACACUAGAUUUUGGUGGGAUCCAAACCAAGACCAACAGAAGAUGGCAUGGAUCUCAUGGAGUAAGAUGACAAACUCGAAAAGAGAUGGAGGCCUUGGGUUUAGAGACAUUCAAAGUUUCAAUGACGCGUUACUGGGCAAAUUAAGUUGGCGGAUUUUGGAGAACCCGGACUGUUUACUAGCACGUAUACUGCAGGGAAAAUACUGCAAUGGAGAGACAGUCCAAAUAUGGUCGGAUGCAUGGCUAUCAACGACCAAAGCAGAGACACCGAUGGGACCAGCAACUGAACAGACUAAUGAAGCCUUUGUCAAGACCCUAUUUCAAGCAAAUUCGUGCGAGUGGGACAUAGUAUAUACGAAGUCUGGAUACCUAGCGGCUUUAGAAGAUAAGCCGGAUGAGGCAGGGGCUGCAGCAUUAAGACAGGUCCCAUGGAUUAAGAAAGUGUGGGAGUUGCAUACACCAACGAAGAUCAAACUACUAAUAUGGAAAGCGAUCCAUGGAGGCCUCCCAGUCAAUGAGAGACUAGCAGCUCGGAACAUUAUCCCAACAGCUGAGUGUGGCGUUUGCGGAGCCGUGGAAUCUAUAGAUCACGUCUUUUUCUCAUGCCCUCUUGCUCAGGAAGUGUGGAGAAUGGUCCCAGUCAAGAAUGAUAUAUUGCCCUUGGAGUCGGAUCGUUUUGUUGAUAAUUGGAUCGCAGUUGUUGGUGCGGUGAGCCUACCACCUACGGAGUAA